AUGGGCCCCAAAAUACCACGCACACCGCUCAAAAAGGAAGGCGAGGAGGAAGAAGACCUGGAGAACCUGGUUUUCCUCCGGGAAGAGCAGACGGAGGUGAUUGAUCGGCUGAAGGCAACAAUCGACGCGACUCUCGUCGAGGAACGCACUGAGGCCGCUGCGAAGGUUCACCGAUGGAGGUUGGACACGUGCUUCGCCGAGUUCGCCGCCAUCAAGGAACGCAUCUACAGGGCUGAUCCGAAGAAGCGGAACGACCACAAGAAGGUGGUCGUGGAGUUCGAGGCCUUGUUCGACCAACUGGCCAUGACGCUCGGAGGUUGGAACGCCGGUGCCGCUCCAGCUGCAUCGUCCGCCCUCGUUGAACGACACGACCGGCCCAUCGUGAUCCAGCAACCUCUUCCACGUGUUUUCCCAUCCUUCGAUGGGAAGUACGAGAACUGGGAGAAGUUCAAGGUGAUGUUCGUCGACGUCGUGGACAAGACGAACGAGUCGGCGCGCAUGAAGCUGUACCACCUCGAGAAGGCUUUGGUCGGCGACGCGGCCGGGUUUAUCGACGCCAAGACCAUCCAGGAUGGGAACUACGCCCAUGCCUGGAAGCAGCUGACGGAUCACUACGAGGACAAGCGCCGGAUGGUAGACCUUCACAUCGGAGGUCUACUGAGUGUGCAGAAGCUGGCCUGCGAGGGCCACCUGGAACUUCGGGCUUUGGUGGAUUCCGUCGUUGGGAACGUCGAGAACCUGAAGUACCUCGGCCAAGCGUUCACCGGCGUGUCGGAGCAGAUUGUCGUCUAUCUCCUGGGCCACGCCCUAGACGACACCACCAAGAAGAUCUGGGAGUCUACAGUCGCGAGAGGUGAACUGCCCAAGUACGAGGACAUGAUCAAAACGCUCAAAGAUCGUAUCUCGGUUCUUGAACGGUGCGAGACCAGUUCCGACUCCAUCAAGAAGCAGCAGCCACGAACAAGUUCCAAACCAUCGACUGGCAAGCAGCCGUUCCAGAGGGCCAACGCGGCGACCACUCCGGCCCAACCGGAGUUCCAGUGUGGAGUCUGCGGAGAAGGCCACCUCACCUUCCGAUGCGCCAACCUCACUGGCCUAACGGUGGCCCAGCGCAGAGAGAAGGUCCGGAACAAGAACCUGUGCUUCAACUGUUUGCGCAGUGGCCACAGCUGGAAGAGGUGCUCGUCGAAGAACUCGUGUGGCAAGUGCCAACAACGCCACCAUUCCCUGCUGCACGAUGAAGCGAAGGCUGAACCCGUGCCGAAGUCCACACCGCAGCAGAGUGCUGCCCCACCAAAGAACCCGGCGCCAGUGGUCCAACCCGCUGGCCAACAGGCGCCGCUGACGACCGAGGCGACGUGCAACCACACCCAGACGACGAAAACCGUCAUGCUCCUGACGGCGGUGGUCCACCUGAGCGACACCCAGAACCGACCUGUGCCGUGCCGAGUCCUGCUGGACAACGGUUCGCAGGUCAACUUUAUUUCGGAGUCCAUGGCAAAACGCAUCAACAUACAGAGAGUGGCUACAACCGUCCCAAUUUGCGGCAUCGGCGCCGUGAAGACGUACGCCAGGGAAGCGGUCACAGUCGAGCUCCAGUCCCGGUACAACAGCUUCGCGGUGAACGUUGAGUGCCUGAUCGUGCCUAAGGUGACUGGACUGAUUCCGUCGUCGCCGGUAAACAUCGCUGACUGGCCGAUUCCUGAGUGUAUCCAGCUGGCCGAUCCCGACUUCCAGACUCCGGACCGCAUCGACUUGCUGCUCGGAGUGGCCAUGUUCUUCCGGCUCCUGAAAAGUGGACACAUUGAGCUGGGGAACAACCUGCCGGAUCUACGCGAGACCUACCUGGGCUGGGUCGUCGCAGGAGAGGUCGGGGACACCGUCCCUGGUCCACAGUAUAGCCACACCGCAACGCUGGAGGACAUCAGCGAGGCGAUUCAACGCUUCUGGCAGGUCGAAGAGAUCGAAUCUGUUACGCCUAUCACCACCGAACAGGAAGAUUGCGAGACCUUUUUCCGCUCAACCCACAAGCGGGACCCUACCGGUCGGUACGAGGUUCGCUUGCCGUUCCGCCCCGUCGUCGCCAGACUCGAUGACAACCGCAGCCUCGCCCUGCGGCGUUUCUUGUCGCUGGAGAAGCGACUCAACCGAGACCCGGACCUGCGGAAACAAUACGGUGAGUUCAUCCAAGAAUACCAAUCCCUGGGGCACUGCAAAACGGUUGACGAAACUGUUGACUCACCGAAACUUGGCCGCUACUACUUGCCCCACCAUGCCAUUCUCCGCCCCUCGAGCUCAACGACCAAGUUGAGGGUAGUUUUCGAUGCCUCGGCCAAGAUGUCUCCCUCUGCCACCUCCCUGAACGACGCGCUGCAGAUCGGGGGAAACGUUCAAAACGAUCUCUUCUCGAUUCUGUUGGCCUUCCGCAAACACCCUGUCGUCUUCACCGCGGACAUCUCAAAGAUGUACCGCCAAAUCCGAGUCGCUUCAGCUGACACCAGCUACCAGCGGAUCUUCUGGAGGAACGAUCCGUCCGACUUCGUCCAGGUCCUUGAACUCACAACCGUGACUUACGGGACAGCGGCGGCUCCUUUUCUCGCGACGAGGUGUCUGGUCCAACUGUGUGAAGACGAGGGUGAAAAUUUCCCGUUGGCAGCCAGCAUCGUUCGCAACGCCUGCUACGUCGAUGACAUAUUGGCAGGUGCUGACACACCCGAGGAGGCGAUCGAAUGUUUGCGACAACUUCAAGGCUUGCUAGGUCGUGGUGGAUUCCCCAUCCACAAGUGGAGCUCGAACACGCCGGCAGUGAUGGACCAGAUUCCAGAAAGUGACCGGGAGAAGCUGAUCGACCUGGACGGGCUAUCCGGUGGCGUGGUCAAGGCUCUGGGACUGUACUGGUGUCCUGGAGAUGAUGAUUUCCGGUUCACCGCAACUCAAUCCGACGCCGAGGCCACCAAGCGGCGUGUACUUUCCGAGAUUGGGAAGUUCUUCGACCUCCUGGGACUCCUGUCGCCAGUCAUCAUCAUGGCCAAGAUGCUGAUGCAGAAGGUGUGGAACGAAGGCCUGACGUGGGACGUGCUUCUCAACGGAGAACUGGGCACCACGUGGCAGCAGUUUCAAACCGCACUACCGGACGUGCGGGAAAUUCGUAUCCCUCGGUACGUAAUCGGCGCCGGCAGCGUCGGCCUUGAGCUCCACGGCUACAGCGACGCCUCGAAGCUGGCAUACGGUGCGGCGAUCUACAUCCGAAGCCUUCUACCGAACGAAAAGACCGAGAUGCGGCUGCUCUGCAGCAAAUCCAAAGUGGCACCCAACAAGCAGCUCGACAUCCACCGUCUGGAACUGCUCGGCUGCAGACUGCUGUCGCGGUUGGUGGUCAAGGUCAUCGCUGCGCUCAAGCUUCCGUUCCGCGCUGUGGUGCUUUGGUCGGACAGUCAGGUGGUGCUGGCCUGGCUCAAAAAAUCACUAGAUCUGCUCCAAACUUUCGUGCGCAACCGCGUCGCAGAAAUCCUCCAAGAAACGGCCGGUUUCAUCUGGAACUACGUCCGCACCAAGGACAACCCGGCCGACCUGAUCUCGCGCGGAAUGUUCCCGGCUCCGUUGAUGAAGUGCAAGAAGUGGUGGGAAGGACCGUCAUACAUGGCACCCGUCGUGUACCCCGUCGAACCUGCAAGAGAAGUGCCAGAUGAAGAACUGCCUGAAUUGAGGAAGGUCAAAAUGGUCGCGAUGCUUGCCUUCAACUCCAACGAGCUGCCAAUCUUCGAGACGUGCAGUUCUUUCCGGAAGCUGCAGCGCGUGAUGGCGUACGUCGUGCGCUUUGUGAACAACUGCAAGCAAAAGAACCCGGCGGACCGAGUUCACCGACGCCACCCGUCCAUUCCGGAGCUGCGGGCGGCGCUUAACUUGAUCGUGAAGGUGGUGCAGCACGACGUGCUGUCCAAGGAGAUACAGCAGGUGGCCGAGAACGAUUCGGCCGGAAAGCUCCAGUGUCUGGUACCUUUCUUGGACAACGGCCUUCUGCGAGUAGGAGGUAGACUGCAGCAAUCGGAGCUGCCGUUCGGGACGAAACACCAGCUGAUUCUACCGAAGCAUCGGGUCACGGACUUGAUCAUCCGAGCUUACCACGAGGAGCACCUGCACGCGGGGCCGUCGGCCUUGCUUGCCAUCUUGAGAAGGCAAUUCUGGCUGCUCGACGGACGGUCGACAGUCCGGAACGUCACGAGACGUUGUGUGACCUGCUUUCACGUGAAGCCGCGCAACUCGAGUCAGCUGAUGGGGAUGCUGCCGUCCAGCCGGGUGUCGCAAGCGUUUCCGUUCGAGGAGGUCGGCGUGGACUACGCUGGACCCGUCUUCGUGAAAGUUGGACUCCGGAAGCCGCAGAUGGUCAAGGCGUACAUUGCGGUCUUCGUGUGUAUGACGACAAAGGCGGUACACCUGGAGCUCGUGUCCGAUCUGACGACAGAAGCGUUCUUGGCCGCUCUCCAACGUUUCGUCAGCCGACGCGGCGUGCCUAGACAGAUCCACUCCGAUAACGGCACAAAUUUCAAGGGGGCCAAGACCGAGCUGCACGAGCUGUACCUCCUGUUCAAGCAGCGUGCCUUCAACGACCAGAUCGAAACGUACUGCCAGCCAAAGGAGAUUGCUUGGUCGUUCAUCCCUCCCGGUGCACCGAACUUCGGGGGGCUUUGGGAGGCGGCUGUAAAAAGCACCAAAUAUCACCUCAAGCGGAUUUUGAAAAAUGCUCAACUCACCUUUGAGCAGUACGCCACCGUGCUGGCCGAGGUUGAAGCCGUGCUCAACUCCCGGCCGCUGUUCGCGAUGUCGUCCGACCCCUCGGAUCCGGAGAUCCUGACGCCGGGACAUUUCCUGAUCGCGCGGCCGCUCACGGCCAUUCCUGAGCCAACCUACGAUGAAAUCCCGACGAACCGGCUGUCCAAGUGGCAGCAUCUUCAACGUCUUCGAGAGCACUUCUGGAAGGUCUGGAAGAACGAAUAUCUCACCAGUUUGCAGCCAAGGGGAAAGAACCUGAAAGAGAAACCAAACGUCCGUCCGGGAAUGGUGGUUCUACUGGAGGACAAGGAAGCGGCGCCGCUGCAGUGGAAACUGGGAGUCGUAACGAACACCUACCCGGGGCCCGAUGGCCUCGUCCGAACUGCUGACGUGAGAGUCGGCGGCACUACGGUUCGGCGGCCAAUCACCAAGCUGGCCAUCCUCCCGAUCCUGGACAACGAACCUACUCCUGCUGGGUCUGCCCCCAGCCCGGGGGGAGGAUGUUGA